GCUCGAGGUGGCCGCGCCGCCAGGGGCAGCCGGAAAGAGGCGGGCGGGACCGCGCGGGCGGGUGUGGCGCUGACGUGGCGGCCGCACCGGCACCAUGCGGGGCGGCGGCGGUGGCGGCUCGGAUGCCAGGACUGGACAUCCCAGACAGCAGAAGCUCAAGAAGUCCUUGGGAAAUAAGAAGUCUAAGCAACUUGAGGAGGUGGAAACUGCUGUUCUAGGAGUGAACAGUAACUAUGAUGACACAGUCAGCAACAUUUCCUCUGCCUCACCAAAGGGCCCAGUGAACGGGAGUGCAGAGCCCAGAAGCAAGCGGACCAUUCGCAGGCCUGCUUACUGGUUGGAAAUGAGAGGAAUGAAAAGCAGUGUUAACAAAUCUUCAGAAAAAAAAGGAGAAGUACUUUUGAAAGGCAAGAGGAAAUCUGAGGAAAGGGAAGGCAAAGAUGUUAAAGAGUCUCCCAAGAAGAAGCAGAAGAUUUCGGGGAAAAAACAGCAAGCUGGAACAAAACAGAACUCUAGAACGAAAGGCCACUGUGCUCAGAAAGAGCCAGAAACCUAUGGCACAGGUAGUAUGGAAGAGCAAUGGUCUUUAGAGAUUCAGGACAAAGGCCGAGUUACCUGUCCAACGUGCCGGGCUGUGGUGAGAAAGACUGUAGAAGGACUGAAGAAACAUAUGGUAAAUUGCAGGAAGGAAAUGUUCACAUGUCAUCACUGCGGGAAGCAGCUGAAGUCUUUAGCAGGGAUGAAAUACCAUGUCAUGGCAGACCAUAACAAUCAGCCAGUUGUGAAGGAGGGAGAAGAAUUGGAUGAGCAGCUUGAGCGAGACCGCCUUCGGAAGGUUUUGAAGCGUAUGGGAAAACUAAAGUGUACAAGGGAGGGCUGCACAGGCAGCUUCACCAGCAUAAUGGGAUACCUAUAUCAUGUUAAAAAAUGUGGGAAGGCUGCUUCUGAGCUGGAGAAAAUGGCUAUGAAGUGCCAUCACUGUGGAAAAGCAUACAGAUCAAAGGCAGGACUUGUCUACCACCUCCGAUCUAAGCACGGGCCGGUCACUUUCCUCCAUGAGGAGAGAAGAACAGAGAACCUGAAAGAAAUGAAACGGGAGCAAAACAACACAGGCAGAGUUCAGAGGAGAUCUGCAAAGGUAGCGAUCUACUAUCUCCAUGAGCUGGCUGGAGAAGAGCUGGCCAAAGAGUGGCCCAAAAGAAAAGUUCUGCAGGACUUGAUUCCAGAUGAUCGGAAGCUGAAAUACACUCGUCCUGGACUGCCCACGUUUAGUCAAGAUGUGCUGUGCAAAUGGAAAACGGAGAUAAAGAUGUACCGAAGAGUCCACUGCCCAAAUCAGGGUUGUGAAUCUGUGUAUGGCAGUGUCUCAGGACUCAAAUCUCACCUUGGCACAUGUACCUUGGGAGACUUUGUGGCUGGUAAAUACAAGUGUCUUCUGUGUGAGAAGGAGUUCAUUUCAGAGAGUGGGGUCAAGUAUCACAUCAACUCUGUGCAUGCUGAGGACUGGUUUGAUGUGAAUACAACGACCACCAAAAGCUUUGAGAAGCUAAUGAAAAUUCGCCAAAGGGAAGAGCAAAGGAAGCAACGGAAGAAACGUCCUUUGACCAGGGGCAAAAAGAAGAGAGCUGGCACCCUGGCUGCCAAGAAGCUCCCCACUGUUGGAGUUGAAAAAAUGAGGAGAAGUAAGAGAGGUUGUCCACAGCGAGUGGACAACGAGAGUGCAAGCAGUGAGGAAGGGGCACCCCAAGUUGCACAGAGAGCUGAAGUUCCAAAAACCAGCCGCAAGCGAGGCCGAAGUAAAUCCCUAGAAGAUGAGAAGGAGUAAUUCUAAAGCUUUUCAGUUACAAGCCCCACUUCUGUCAGGCUCAUUACCCACAGCACUAAUAUAAGCAACUGGAUGUCUUUGGGACUGUGACUCAAAUCUGCGGGUGACUUUGAUACUGAAACUUCUGCAUCUGGUCAGUUGUGAGGCAUACAAACCAAAGCUGUGGUGCAGAGGCUGCUUCUCCUGGUGUGGUUCCUUUGGACAGUGACACUAACAGUGUACCCAGUGUAUUUCCUGCCCUGGUUGCAGUCUCAGUUUGGUCAUACUAGUUGCUUGUUUAGUGGUUUCCCAUACAGCAAGUGUCUGUUUUGUCAUCUUUCUCUGAUGGGUGAGAUCAGGGUUCUUUUUUACAGUUCUUCCCAUAAGGGACUGACUAGCACAAUGUUUAGGUGUCUUCAAGGGGGAAAUCCUUUCUUGCACAGAAUGCAAACUAAACAUGAAAACAGUGCUGUGCAGAAUGCAAAGGCUCUGGCUUGCCCUAUCACUCUCCUGUCUGUUGUCAGCAAGGCUGCCACAAAAGCGAUCUUCUCAGUGUUUGCUGUAGCCUGUUGCACAAGGCUCUAUUUCGUACACUGGUGUUUAGGCUCAGCACCAGACAGUAACAUGUCUACCUGGAAGGGAUGGAAUGUCAUUAUUACCCUUGUCAGGAGCCCACUGUUCCCCUGGCAUCUGUCUCCUGUAAUGCUGGACAUUAAAGAUACGUAGAAAGUCUUCCAGUGCAGCAAGGAAUGAAUGCUCUCAAGCCCUCUGGAGAUUCACUGGCCUUACAGAGCCUGCAGUAACUAAUGUACUGAGAUGGCCUUUGUGUGCCCUCUGAAGCCCACUUGUUUCAUACUUGCCUGGGAAGCAUACUGCAAGACAGUGCAUGCCUACAUGAGCAGCCUGCUAGUGCUGGGACCAGGUUCCAUGGAGCUGCCUUGCCAGCGUGUGGUUCUUUGUCAUGCCAGUGCUCCCACAGCGUCCUUUUUCCCUGCUCGGUGGCAGAUACCACCUUCAUUGUCUUACAUAACCUGUUUCUUUUCAGUAUCACCUCUCUGUUCAAAUGAGGUAUAUUAGCAGUGGCUUCCCUGUGUAGAAAAGGUUAAAAGAAGAAGGGUCAUUAUUUUAAGUCACGUGUUGGCAUUGUCUCUGGAUCGUAAGGAAUGAUAUCUUCCUGUGCUCCAUAAAUCAUAGAAUGCUAAGGGAUUGGAAUGGACCUUAAAGAUCAUUUAGUCUCACCCCCCACUGCCACAAGCAGGGACACUAGACCACGUUGCUCAAGAACUUACCCAGCCUGGCUUUGAACACUGCCAGGGUUGGGGCAUCCACAACCUCCCUGGGGCAAACUGUUCCAGUGUCUAAAUGCAGUGGAUGUCAUAGAAGCUAGCAGGAAGCAGCAGCACAGGCAGUCCUGUUUUUCAAAGCAUGGAUUCUCCAGAAUCUCUGUUAUCCAAAGACCCACUGUACCAGAAAAUUGCAAAAUUUGCACUGUCUGACAAAGUUGCUGGUGCUGAAAUUCACAGGGAAGCCAUUGCAGUUCCCCAGUCUGGGGAACAGGCAGGUGUUUGUACAUGUGUGUUAGUACCAGCAUCAUCACAUUGUUCUUGACAGGGGGGGAGUACUGUAGGGCCAAGCUGGUCUCAAGAACUGCCUUUGGAACCAGGUGCUACUGCAUAUGCAAGUGCUGUGCUGAAAGCAGAUGUGUGGACUGUGCAGGGUUUGUAAAGUCUGCAGUGAGAUGGGCAAGAUCAAAAGACAGCAAAAUAAAAUGUCACCAAUGCGAGAA